CGUCAUCGCAGGUGCCCGACAGGAAGUAAAUAAAAUUUAUGAAUUUUGGGUCAAUAUAUUGGUGACCAAAUUUAAAACAGAAUGGAUUUGAGAAGAGUUCAGAAUGAAGAUAAAUUACAACUGUGUAGAAAAUAUUAUAUUGGAGGAUUUGCCCUGCUGCCAUUUCUGUGGUGUAUAAACUCAAUAUGGUUUUUUAACGAGGCUUUCCGUAAACCUCAUUAUGAAGAACAACGACAGAUUAAAACUUAUGUAAUAAGGUCUAUGAUAGGAACAGUGAUAUGGAUAGCCAUUAUUAUUGCUUGGGUCACCAUCUUUCAAAUGAACAGAAGUUCCUGGGGUGCCACUGCCGAUUACAUGUCCUUCAUCAUACCCAAAGGUGAGGUGUGAAGACUAUGUCAUAUCCAUGUCAGGAGGGGAGAGGAUAUUCCAGAAUUACACAGACCAUAUUCAUUUACUAGCGCACUCAAAUGGUUUCAAACACAACUUAAAAUAUUUCAUAUUGUCUAGUCUUCAGGUUACAUUACCCAAAUCAAACUGAUAAAAGGAGUUGUAAAGAGGAUUUUUUAAAUUGUUAAAGUAUAUCAGAGACACUGAUAGCAUUUACUUUCAUCAUUCCAAUUUUUAAUCAGAUGAAUGUGUUUCCUGUUAUUCCACUCCAAUGGGCCAUAUAUAAUAUUAACAGCUUUUGCGAAAUUGAAAGGGUCACAGACUGAUUGGAAAGGUGGUGAGCCUCUUUACAAUCCCUUAACAUACGGCUAUAAAUAUUUCCUAUUGUUUUCUUUUUGCCAAUUUUCUUCAAUAAAUUUCAUGUUAUCUGACUUGAAUAACAAUAUUAUUCCAAUUGUAUAUUUGUUUGUAAAUUUAUUUUUGUAAAUACAAUAAAAUAUUUUGUAUAUAAUGU